AUGACGUCAUCAUUCAAGAUGCCAAAUCAAUUAGAGUGGAGACAUGCCUCCGUUGGAUUCCUGACCAAAUCAACACACACCUCAAAAAAUAAAAAAAAAAAAGUUGAAGUCAAAAAUUUACUUCUACUAUUCAGUGGCGAAACAACUUACAUCGGUGGCUUUAGUAUACCAUCGAAUCCAAUACUUAGUUCCCAAUAUCAAUCAUCUAGUAUUUCCAAUGGACUUGUAUUCACCACCUACUGUCCCACUGUAACACCCAUGUUGACAAUUAUUGAUUUAGACAAUCAAACAACAGAGACAAUCACCUUUAAAGGAACCACUUGCGAUAUGUAUGCCUUUGGACAAUAUGACAACUCUACCCAAACAUUCUAUAUGGUUGGUUGGACUGAUAAAAAGGCUAGCAGCCUUACUUUCAGCACCUACUCUAUGAUUACCAAAGAGAUCACCAAUGUGGAGUUUGAAUAUAAUUUGAAAUACAUAGGACAUGUCCAAACCAUCUACCUCUUUGAAUCCCAACUCUAUGCUUGCAUCAUUCAAUUUACAUAUGCUGAAGUCCUCCUCCUCGACUUUGAAACAAAGUCGUACAAGAGCAUAUUCAAACUCGACAUUGCGUUCCCAGGAGGCCAAUUUAUAUUCGAUCCAAGAGGAUAUAUUGUGGGAAUGAUGGUUGAAGAUGAUCAAGCCCAAUAUGGUGUUUACACGAUCGAUCUCCGCACAUUGACAACUACACAACACACCAUUCCAGUCAAAGACUAUCAAACCUUGUCAAACAUCGAGGCGGUUAAACAAGUAUCUUCACGAGAUGACAACCACUUGGCGUACGCAUCAACAUUUCAUUCAAAUUAUUAUUAUUUUUGGUGUUGUUGUUGUAAGAUUGGCAAUAAUAAUAAUAAUAAUACCUACCUCUACCUUUUUGGACCAAAUGAUUGGAAUAUAAGAUUCACCAACACAGUAAUAUUACCUCCAAUCAGUAGAAAUUCAUCGCUAUUUGACGAUGGUAGUAUACCACCAUUCAAUUCUACCAAAUCCGCUCCAGGUAUAGUGAUCGAGGAAGCACCAAGUCAACAUUAA